AUGGCUUUCGCUGCCUCCUCCUCCGCGCUCUCAGCUGCUCUUUCCCUGACCACAUUCUUGCCGCCGGUCUCAGAAAAACUGAACCGCACAAACCACCAAUCUUGGAAAGCACAAGUACUAGCGGCGCUGAGGGGAGCCCAACUUGCUGAUUGGCUCGAAACCAAUACUGAGCCGCCGGCUCGGUACUUACCCAAGAAGAAGCCUGGAGAUGAAGAUGAGGUGCCGGUGGCCAACCCUGAAUUUGGUGCCUGGGUGGCAAAGGAGCAGAUCGUCCUCAGCUAUCUCCUCACCAAUCUCUCCAAGGAGAUCCUUGGCCAUGUCAACACAGAGACCACGGCCAAGGGCGCUUGGGCAGCGAUUGAGGCGCUUUUCGCGUCGCAAUCUCGCGCCAAGAUCAUCAGCACGCGCAUGGCGCUUACAUCUGCUACUAAAGGUACAUCUAAUAUUAGUGAGUACUUUACAAAGAUCAAAAGUUUAGCAGAUGAGAUGGCGGCGGCUAGCCGCAAGCUUCAAGAUGAGGAAUUUGUGUCCUACGUGCUGACGGGGUUGGAUCAAGAUUUUGAUUCAAUCGUGUCGGCGGUGGCUGCACGAGUUGAGCCCAUCACCGUCAACGAGCUACACACCCAGCUGAUAGCUCAUGAACAGCGCUUGGAGAUGCGCAAUGGAGGCAAUCAGUCCUCCGCUAACCUCGCCACCAAAGGCAAGAGUGGUGGAGGUAACUCCUACAGAGGAGGACGUGGCGGCAGCGGCCGCAACGGUGGUCGUGGAAAUCGCGGAGGUUUCACUCGUGGCGGCGGCAACAAUGGUGCUAACCGCGGCUCGUUCUAG